AUGAAGUCCUCUGUCUUCGUCCUUUCUCUGCUCCUCAUUCUGGAAAGACAGUCAGCUGUGGUUGGACAAUAUGGUGCGACAAAAGGCCACUUCCAGAGCAGCUCCUCAGAGGGAUUUAUGCUUGGUCAGAAAGGCCAUCUCAGUUUCGGGAUCAAAGGAGGAAGUGACGAAGCAGCUGAAGAAAGCCUUUUCAUGCAAUCACAACGCCGGGUGUACGGCCAGGGUGGUGGUGACAUGACCCAGACACGUGUUUCACAAGAGCAUACAAGUGUCAAAGGGGCCGCACUUUGUCGGAAUGGACAAGUUUCCCAACUGAAAUCCCAAGAAUCCCAAGUAAAAUCCUAUGGACAAGUGAAGUCCAGUGGACAGCUGAAAUCUGGGGGAUCAGCCUUUGGACAAGUGAAGUCCAGUGCGUCCCAAAUAAAAUCCUAUGGACAGCUGAAAUCUGGGGGAUCGAUGAAAUCUGGGGGAUCGGCCUUUGGACAAGUGAAGUCCAGUGCAUCCCAAAUAAAAUCCUAUGGACAGCUCAAAUCCAGUGGACAGAUGAAAUCUGGGGGAUCAGCCUUUGGACAAGUGAAGUCCAGUGCAUCCCAAAUAAAAUCCUAUGGACAGCUGAAAUCCAGUGGAUCCCAAGUAAAAUCCUAUGGACAGCUGAAAGCCAGUGGAUCCCAAGUAAAAUCCUAUGGUCAAAAAAAAUCCUAUGGUGAAGAAGGUCAACUGAACUCUUUCAGCCAACUAAAAUCCCAAGGUGCCCAACUAAAAUCCUAUGGUCAACAAAAAUCGCAACAGUCCUCCUUUAGCCAAGUAAAAUCUCAAAGUUCCCAACUAAAGUCCUAUGGCCAACAAAAAUCCCUCAAAGGUUUUUCUCAACAAACUCAGCAUAAAGGAUUUGCCAUGGAUGAAGGGAUGUCGCAAGUGCGGAAACAAUUUAAUGAUGAUGACCUCUCGGUACAACAGAAGUCUACCCAACAGAUGAAAACAGAGGAAGACUUAUCCCAAUUCGGACAACAGCGGCAAUAUGGACAAGAGCGCUCACAAUCCUAUAAAGGAUAUCUUGAGCAAUACAGAAAGAAAUUACAAGAACAACGAAAAAAUUUUAAUCACGGUAACUAUUUUACAAAGGGAGGAGCAGACCUCUAUCAAGCUCAGCUUAAGGGAUAA